CAAAUUGAGUGUGAGCCAGAGAUUUAGUAAUGACUUGUUGCUGAACACAGACUGUGGCUGAAGCAGUUUCUACCACUCUUUAACUUUUCUCAUUUGAUUUCGCUGGAGGCUUCAUCAAACCAGCAACGUUUGCUAAGAAGCUGCUGCUCCACCGGUUUGAGAAAGUCACAAUUAUAAUUAAACAGGAAUUUUCUCAUCGCAUAACAACAUGCGUGGAAGAUCUGUGCUUAUCAUCCGAAGCCAAACAAGUGCUCAGUAUCCUUCUGUGGUUUCUGGAGAUCCUCUCCUUCACCCAGUGUUCUCUCUCAGGAUCUCUGAGGACCACUCAACACCAUGAACUGGGCAUUCCUUCAGGGUCUCCUAAGCGGGGUCAACAAAUAUUCUACUGCAUUCGGGCGCAUCUGGCUGUCCGUGGUGUUCUUGUUCCGUGUUAUGGUGUUUGUGGUGGCUGCGGAGAAGGUGUGGGGUGACGAUCAGAAGGAUUUCACUUGUAACACGGCACAGCCGGGCUGCCACAAUGUCUGCUAUGACCACUUCUUCCCGGUCUCACAUAUCCGUCUGUGGGCACUGCAGCUGAUCUUUGUGACGUGUCCAUCACUGCUGGUGGUGCUGCACGUUGCGUACCGUGAGGAACGUGAGCGCAAGCACCGCGCAAAGUUUGGCGAAACCUGCAACCGCCUUUACCAGAACACAGGCAAGAAGCGUGGCGGACUCUGGUGGACCUACGUGCUUACGUUAGUCUUCAAGAUGGGUGUCGAUUGUGCCUUCAUCUACCUGGUGUACUACCUGUACGAGGGCUAUGACUUCCCGUCGCUGGUGAAGUGUUCAGAGACGCCGUGCCCCAACACGGUGGACUGCUUUAUCUCGAGGCCCACCGAGAAGAGGAUCUUCACACUCUUCAUGGUGGUCAGCAGUCUGGUGUGCAUCCUUCUCUCAUUCUGUGAGAUCCUUUACCUGGUUUGCAAGCGAUGCCAUGAAGGUGUUCAGAUGCUCAGGGGUUCUAGGCAGGUAGCUCGUGCUACUUCCAUUCAUAGCAUCAAGAACCCGAAUUCACUGAAGGACAGCGAUAAGCUGGUGGGAAAAGUGCCAUCGUACACUGUCUCAAUGGCACGAUGACACAAUACAUAUUUAAACUGGAGAGGAACUGGAAAAGAACCUGAGAUAAACUUAAUAAAAAGGCAUAUAGUGGCCAGUUAUGACUUUACCAAAAUCCUGAAGUGGGAUUGGGAAUGAGAACUGGUUUAAUCUUGAAAAUGUUGAUCUCAAAGAACGAGACAGUUGCCUAUGAAAAAAUUUCAUCCAAACUUUAAUGUGUCAGGAGGCGGUUUUAUGGGUGGUUUGUUCAUCAUAUCAUUGAGAAUAGGGUGUAGCUAUGUUAUGAACUUAUUUAACAUGCAAGUCCUGUCAAGCCUUUUUUUUUCUUUUCAGUGCCCUGUUGUUAUGAAGAGGUUUGGGCUGUGAAUCAACUUAUACCAGGAUGAAAAGCAGGCAAGGCCUGGGAUCAAACUGAAAACCACCACGCUCUCAUUCUCUCAGAAAAGAAGUGUGUGUAAAUAACGAAACACGAUCGUCCCACACCCUAAAGCAACCACACGGCAUUGUCCUUCUCAUGCAGACGAUCCGAAGCUGUUCAGAAAUAUAGCUACGAACAAAGAAAACUAAAAAGUAUUUAAAAAAACAUAAAAAUGCACCGUUUUAUUCUGUCUAUAUGUUAAAACUGUAAGAAACAAUUCUAAGGUACUGAAUGCUAGCUGUCAUUUCAUACAUAAAAUAAGGCAUAAAGCGACAGCUGUGUGUAAUGCAGCGUCUUAAAAGUGCGUACAUCUCAGAAUGUUCCUCGUUCAGGAUCACUAAUGUUAUACAAAUGGGAUAAUUGUUUAUCCUACAGCAUGCGUGAGGAAUAAGGAGAAAACUGUUUAGAGUUCUGAAACCAUGAUGGUGUGUUUGAGAGUUUAAACCUGAUGACAAAUGAUACACAAACUAAGAACACAUCUGUGUUAGAAGCUCAUGUCAACCAGACGUUGCCUAGUGUAACUAAAGGCAAUUCACCAAUUCUGGAAGCUGAACUAAAGAAGCUGAUGACUCAUCUGCACCAUUACAUCUGACUCUGGUUUGCCUUUGGAAGAAAUCUGAAUCCUCUGGCGCCCAGAGGUUCGUGGUCGUCGCCUGAAAGGUGCUUUUUUUUAUUUUUUAUUUUUUAUAAAUGCUAAAACAUCCGUCAAUACGUGUAAAACGACAUUCCUCCGAGAACACUUACACACACACACACACACACACGUAGUUUUGUUUUUUUUUACUAUUUCUAAUUAAAAUAUUUUCUUGAACUGUUUACCGUUACGUCGAGGAUGUAAACAAAGAUUUUACUGCCAAGUCUGCUGACUCCUUUUUUUUUUUUUGCACAACUGUUUGUCAUUCCAGAUGUUAUUUUAUAUACAAAAUGUUCUAUUUUUUUUCUGUGUGCAAUUCUUCAUGCGUCGUAUUUUUAAUACGUAAUUCGAUUUCCUCAGUUAUCAGGAUUACGGAAAGAAACUUAAACGCAGAAUUACUGUGUCGUAAAUUCCUGCGCUCCUCAUGCCACAAGCUGUAGGUUCUCAGGGAAUUAUGUGCCUUGUAGGUAAUUACAAAAAUGCUGUGUGUGUGUGUGUGUGUGUGUGUGUGUGUGUGUGUGUGUGUGUGUGUGUGGUUAUGUAAAAAUAGCGAUUCAGAAAUCUGAGGUCUCAAACUAUCUGUGCAUGAGGAACUGUGUCAAAUCCUCAGUAAGCAAGUCUUCCAGAUGCUGGGAAGAGAGGAAUGAAUUCUUUUCCCCUCUGAAUGUAAACCAACCUCAGUUUGUAUUUCCUGUGUUUUGGUGUCCAUCUUCUCAACAUUGCUAUUUUUAAAACUAUGUGCGGCCUGAAAAGUUUCUCGAUUAAAGCAAGUUUUGUACUUUA